CGUAUCCAUCUCCAGGACCAAGUUCUAUAACCUCCAACGCGCCAUAUCUCAACAACAUAACCAUCAUGACCUCCCAAACAUCACAUCCCCAAACCCACCGUGCCCUCGUCCUUCACUCCACUUCCUCUCCCCCCACCGUCGAGGACCUCCCUCUCCCCGCCGUAACACCCGGCAGUGCCCUGAUCCGCAUCCUCUCCUCCCCCAUCCUCUCCUACACAUCCUCAAUCAUCUCCGGAAAGCGCACCUACCCGUUCCCCACUCCCUUCAUCCCGGGCAGUAGCGCCAUAGGCCGGAUCGCCUCUACCGGACCCGACGCCACUCUCCUCGCCCCAGGCCAACUCGUCUGGAUCAACAGUUUCAUAAGGGGGCGUGACGAUCCGACCGUGGCCAUCCUCCUAGGUCUGCACGAAGGGUUCACGGAGGGAAGUAGGCGUCUGAUGCGUGGGGAGUGGAAGGACGGGACGUUCGCAGAAUACGCGAAGGUUCCGCUCGAGAGCUGUUUCGCGUUGGACGAAGGGCGAUUGACGGGGAGCGUGAGCGAUGGAGGGCUGGGGUAUGAGACAGAGAAGUUGGCGUAUAUAUCGUCGUUGCUCGUUCCAUAUGGGGGCUUGAGGGAUCUAGGGCUGCAGGCGGGAGAGACGGUGAUCGUGGCGCCCGCCACAGGGGCUUUCGGUGGCGCAGCGGUGCAGGUGGCGCUCGCUCUGGGUGCCAGGGUGAUUGCGAUGGGAAGAAAUGUGGAUAAGCUGAAGAAGGUGGCAAGUGUGAGCGAUAGAGUGGAUGUGGUUCCAAUCACAGGCGAUGUUGAGGAGGAGACGGCGGCGCUGAAGAAGUUCGGACCCGUCGAUGCGUUCUUCGAUAUUUCGCCACCCGAGGCUGCGAGGACGACACACGUGAAGAGCGGUAUACUUGCGUUGAGGCACGGCGGGAGGGUUAGUCUGAUGGGAGGAAUCAUCGGCGAUGUGGCGCUGCCGUAUGCGAAGAUUAUGCAUUCGGAUAUUCAGCUGAAGGGGAAGUGGAUGUAUGAGAGGGAGGAUGUCACGGCGUUGAUACAGAUGGUCAGAGCGGGGGUCUUGAAGCUGGACCAGGUGGAGGUUGUCGGGAAGUUUGAGCUUGGAGAAUGGGAGAAGGCGUUUCAAGUAGCAAAAGAGAAUGCUGAUAUGGGGCAGUUGGUGUUGAUGACGCCCUGA